CUGGUGCCGCUGCCCGCCGCGACCGAGCUCGCCGCGCUGAACGCGGUCUUCUCGCAGUUCGGCCCCAUCGAGUCGAUCCGCGCGACGGGCUACAUCAACUUUUGCAACGUCGAGGCCGCCGUCGCCGCGCACAAGCGGUACGCGGACGGCGCCACCGGCCGCGAUUUGUGCCCGUCGCUGCCCGCCGACGCACCGGAGGCGUCGGCGCCGUCGAUGCGGAUGAUGAUGGGCGCCUCGUACGGCUUCCUCAACUUUUUGCGCGACGAGGACGCCUACGCGUUUUGGCAGUCUGGCCAGGCCCAGCAGCCGCACCUGCGCGGCAACCGCAUCUUUCUCAACUGGGCAAAGGCGCCCGGACCGGUGGAGCCGCACGUGCUGCGCCUCGUGCGCGAGCACGGCGCCUCGCGCCACCUCGCGGUGCGCAACAUCUCGGACGCAACCUCGGCCGACCAGCUCGGCGCCCUCUUCCGCCAGUUUGGCGAGGUCGAGUCGAUCCAGAUCAAGCCGGGCGAGGGCGCGCAGGUCAACCUGACAAACAUCGCCUCGGCCGCCGCCGCAAAGGACCAGCUCGACGGGCUCACGAUGGGCCAGUGGAAGCUGGUCGUGGCGUACACGACGCCGCCAUGA